AUGGAGGGCAUAUCUGUGGAGAGUUUGUGGGUUGCUUGGGUGGAAGCUUAUAUCCUUAAAGGGAGAUCGUUGUGGGAGAUCGAUGUUGGGGUGGGUCGAUCUUGGUGUUUUAGGGCAAUCUUGCGUAAGCGGGAUAUCCUUAAAGCUCAUGUUAAGAUGGAGGUGGGCAAUGGUAAGAAGUGUAGAGUGUGGUUGGAUCCAAGGAUUCAGGGUGGACCGAUUAUCCAGCAGUUUGGGGAGAGGGUGAUUUAUGAUGCAGAUAGUCGGCGGGAUGCGAGGCUUGUGGAUUUCAUGGGUCGGGAUGGAGAUUGGAGGUGGUCGCUUGUUUCUUUGGAUUUGAUGGACAUUUGGGAUAGAAUUCAGGGAGUGAGGCCGAGUCCGAGUGUUGAGGAUAUGUGGGUCCGGGUGCCAGGUAGUCAUGAGAGUUUUUCGAUCGUCAGUGCGUGCGAGGCUAUUCGUCCUCAUAGUAGUAGGGUUGGCUGGUCGGGUUUACUGUGGGGUGGGGGAAAUAUUCCUAAGCACUCCUUCUAUACUUGGUUGGCCAUCAAGGAUAGGUUGGGUACUAGAGAUAGAUUAAGUCGGUGGGAUAGUUCGAUUCCUUUAUCGUGUAUUCUUUGUGGACGGAACUAUGAGUCUCGUGACCAUUUGUUUUUUCCUUGUCCUUUUGGGUGGGAGAUUUGGUCUAGAAUCCUUUUGUUUAUGUCAUCUUCUCACAGGAUACGGUAUUGGGGGGUUGAGUUAUCUUAG